AAUGUAAACUGAACUGCAAGACGUGUACAUCAUAUAAUAUUUGUACCGAAUGUCACAGCGGCUUCUAUAAUGGAAAACAAUAUGUACACAGUGUCAAUGAAUAUAACGAUUGUCGCCAUCUAUGCUAUAAGAACUGUAAAUCAUGUUCAUCAUACUUGACUUGCCAGGAGUGUAAAAGCGGCUAUCACAAUAACGGCACACAGAACACUGUAAACGAAAAAGAGUAUAACAACUGUGCAUACAAAUGUGACAGUGCAUGUAAGUCAUGUACAUCAAACUAUAAUUGCACUGAAUGCAACGUUGGUUAUUAUUUCAAUGCCAGCGACGUCUUUUGUUAUAAGUGUAACAGCAACUGUAGUUCGUGCUCAUCGGAAGAUACAUGUACAUCCUGUAUUGCUGGUAAUUAUAAUUACAAUUUCAGUGAUUGUAGGGAGACAUGUAAACCAGAAUGUAAGUCGUGUAUCUCAUCUGACAAAUGUACAAAUUGUGUAUCGGGGCGAUACGGUACUGCAUGCGAAAACAAAUGUGCUCGGGGUUGUUUAAACGGACAAUGUAAUAAAAGUAACGGUGUAUGCACUUGUAAAACUGGUUUUACCUCAGAGAAAUGCAUGGAAUGUGUUAACAAUAAAUAUGGUACAAACUGUGAUAUCGAAUGUGAGCGAGGCUGUCUAAACAAUAUCUGUGACGACAAAGGAGAAUGCAGUUGCAAAAGUGGCUUUACUGGUGAUAAGUGUGAUAGGUGCGAAGAAGGAAAGUAUGGCAAUUUAUGUGACAUAAAAUGUCCUGUUGGGUGUGAAAACAAUAAAUGCAUUGAUGAUGGCAAAUGCUUUGCUUGCAAAGCGGGGGAAAAUCGCAGUAAUGGAUUUUCUGCUGGAUAUUACGGAGAAUGGUGUGAUAUGAAAUGUAGUUCUAAUUGUUUGCAUUCUACUUGUAGUAGAGAGUAUGGUGAAUGCUCACAUGGAUGCAAAACAGGAUACAAAGGAGCAAAUUGCUCUCUGGUUAUAAGUCAUGCAGUUGAAGCUCAGGACAAUAAAGAGGUGACAAUAGGUGUAUCGGUCGGUGGAUGCAGCUUCAUUAUAAUUGUGAUAUUAGUAAUUACGAUAGUUUUUCUCACAAAAAGACUCAAAAGACAAGAAACUGCGAACGCUAUUCUAAGAUCGAAUAUCAAGGACAGCACAAACAUGAGCUAUGCUGUUGUGAGGGACAAUGAAUUAAAUUCCAAUAACUCAGUAACGACACCAGUUGAAGUAAACGAGACUGCAGCAGUGUAUGAAAGUCUAACAGCUAGUGAUGGUGAUGCUAGUAGGCUCUGCUCCGCUGAUUACAGUUCUCUAGAAUUACAGAUUAUCCCAGAAUUGCAGUUACCAGAAGCACAGACAUUACAAGUAGAUCCAAGUAAUCUGUAUUAUAAUGUUUCGGCUAAAUAAACAUAUAUAUUGUAUAUGAUUGUUUGUGUGGAGAUAACUUUUAGAAACUACUAUGUAUAGCAAAUCAAGUUGUAGGAUUAUAUUUAUUUAUGUUGAGAUAACUGAUAGGAAGAAAGACGUAUUGUUAAUAUAACCUUAUUACUGUAUAUACCUAAAACUUCGCCUUCGCCACCCGUCUGUUCGUCUACACGAAGCUUGUUCGGCUUUCACAUGCCAAACUGCUUGUGGGAUUGCAAUGAAACUUACAGUAGUGGUCAGUACCAUCUCUGGUUGUUCAUAUCGCCACCACACAAUGACCACCAGACCUAAAAACAGACACAUUUUGCCCGGCUUUCACAGGUCAAAGUGCUGGUAGUAUUUUAAUGAAGCUUCACACGAGUGAUCAGUUUCAUACCUAGUUGUGCACAAUAUCGGCAAGUUCCGCUUCAAUGAACAAAUGAGCCAUGGACCGAUAUAGUCAAACUGCUGAUGGACUUUCAAUUAAACUUAAAACAUGAGUGAGCAGAACCAUCCCUUGUUGGUUAUAUCGCCAGCAAAUUCCGCUGCGCUGCGGAACUUUGCCAUCUGAGCUAAAAAUUGGAAAAUCAAGUUCAGCUUUCACAGGUCAAACUGUCAGUGGGAUUUCGACGAAACAUGUUCAUAUUGUCGGCACGUUCCGCUUCGCUGUCAAAAAAAAUGGCCGCCAAAGCUAAUAAGAGAAAACUCUUGUCCGAUUUUCACAGGCCAAAUGCUGGCAGUAUUUCGAUGAAACUUUACAGACGUGAUCAGUACAAUACUAACUUGUUGGAGACAUAAUCCAUUUGUCGCAAAAAUCCCUUCUAGUUAUAUUUGUUUUUGGGUUGAUACCAUAUUAUACAACAAUGUGUUGCAAAUAAAAAAAUGUUUUAUAUUUAUAUGCAUUUGUAUGGAGAAAACUUAUCAAAAUUUUAAUGUAUUGCAAACAAAGUUUUAUUAUAAUACUUGUUUAUGUGAAGUGUUUGGCCAAUUAACGUUUUAUUUGUCUGUGUGAAGAAAACUAACAUAAACUACAAUUUAUGGCAAAUAAAAAUUAAAUUUUUAUAUUUGUUCGUGUGGAGAAAACUAAAAGAAACUACGAUACAUGACAAAUAAACUUUUUAUCAUUAUAUUUAUUUGUGCAGAGAUAAAUAGCAGGAACUACAAUAAUGGACAAACAAAUUAUUAUUAUAUGUGUUUGUGUGGAGAAAACUAAAAAAAGGAGACAAUGUGUUUCAAAAAAGUUUUAUUUCUAUAUUUGUAUGUGUAGAGAAAUAGAGGCUCAAACGUAUAGCGGUGCGAUACUUUUUAAAGCGAGAUGAAAUGGUGCGGUACGGAAAAAUUAUUUCAGAAUCAAUGAACCUUAUGUUCGGCCACCACGAUAAAUAAGAAAGGAAUGUUGAGGCACUUUGGAGAAAGGGAAAGUCAAUGGAAGUAUCCGUUACAAGGUUGACGAAAGACUGAUAUUGCCUGACAUCCUACUAGGUAAUAAAAAAGACCUCACUAGUUUUGACAAUAGUUUUUAAACACAUAUCUUAAACAAUAGUGAACAUGAAUACAAGAGAAAUAAUGUAUACAAUGUAUAUCCAUUUUGCUAUAUACAUGUAAUAUUAUUGAUUCACUAUUAACUCUUGCUGAUUAUUGAAAAAAAUAUUACCUCUCAUUGGUGUUUCAGUUUUUAUAUAUCUUUUUUAUAAGAUCAUUAUAAAAUCUUAAUCAAUGUAUAUUGUUUUAUCUCUCAAUGUCUAGCUGACUUGUGGAAUUUCCGGUAAAAAUGUACUUUCAUGCUAAAUAUGAUACCACAUUGUUCACAUACAAAUGGGUUUAAGACGAUACUCAGCAAUGAUCUUUCGAAUUCAGGGAUUAACAUACUGGAGGGCUAUAUGCACUGCUUUGUGUGUCUCACGGAUCUUUUGUUAAAUUGGGCAUGACACACAUUCUUCCGUAGAAGCUGUGUCUAUAGCUAAGCUUUUCUUACACACCCACGCACACUGAAAAUAAAAUAUAUUUUGAUUUAGAUUCACUGUAUCACUACACAUGGAAUGAAAACUGUCUUUCCUUAUAUCCAUUUUCAAAUGCUAUGAACAUUCGCAUAAUCUGGGUAUGCUAUAGAUCACUAAAUGAAACUGCUUUUCACCUAACCAGUAACUAAUUGCCAAUGCGUAUAGAACAAAUAUCAGUUGAUCAUGUAAACGCAUCGUAAGGAACCAAAAUUUUUACGUACAGUUAAUUUAUCGGACCAGUUAUCAUGCAUACAGUAGAAAAAUACGGAAAAAAUUGUAGAUAUUUACGAGAUAGAUAGUUAAAACGUUUCAUGUAUAAAGUUUUGUUUUUUAUUUAAAAUAAAUAUGUUGUAGAUAUAACUAAUCAAAUAUAUGUACCAUAACAUGUGUUGUGUUCUUUUAUAUAGGUAUGUCAGAUUGCCGGCGGCAUUUGAAGUAGCAAAUGCCUCAAUAACUUUCUCCUUAUAAUGAAAUAGAUUUGUUCACUUGACCAUCAUAUACAAGUAUAUUUUACGCUCCGCAUGCACUAUAUGAUUCGAACAAAAAUUACAACAUACAACACAUAUUUGAAACAUACUGGUUCUUACCCAGACUAUAUGUCACUUUCCUCCGCCAUUAUUCCCUAUCGCACUAUUUCACCUCGUUUAAAAGUACCGCACUGCUGCACGUUCGACCUCCUGGAGAAACCUACCAGAAAAUACAAUGUAUUGCAAAAAAGUUUAAUUAUUUCAUUCUCUACAGGUUUUUUCCAGGAUUUUUGGAACAUGUCCCAUACCCAUGGAAUUGGGAAUUUCAACGAUGUUUUGUUAAAAUUUGGGAAAAAAAUUGCAUGUCUUAAAUUUUGCAGUGAUUAUAUGAAUGCAAAGAAUUACUGUCUAGGAAGGCAUCUUUAAACUUUUAAACACAAUAACAGUGAAAAAGCUCUUAUUUUCCAAGAUUUUUGAAUUUGUUAUUCACUUUUUAUAAUUUGUCACUUUCAAUUGGGAUUUUUUUCCUGUGGAUAGGGAAAAAAAUAUUCACUUUUCAUUUGGGAAUAUGAAAGAAUAUCGGCUAUAAAAUUAGGCAAAAAAAAUCCCUGAUGUUUUCUUAAUUUAAAUGACAGUGAGUCUUUGUAGGGAAACUAAUACAAACUACCAUUUUUAAAAAUUACCUUUUCUUAUUAUAUUUUUUGGCUGGCGAAAACUUAAAAUAUAAUAAAUGGCAAAUUAAAUUUAAAUUCAUAAUCAUAUGUGUCUAUGUUUAGAAAAUUUAUGGAAACAAUGUAUUGCAAACAAACUUUUUUUCAAUUUUGGGUUAAAAUGAUUAUUAAAUUUUAGAAUUUUACUUUUGUUGACUUGAUGUAGUUUUGAUUCUGUUUACUAAAAGAAAUGAUUAACGAGAGCUUUUGCCAGUUAUGCUUAUUUUUCUCUCUUUAUGUGUGAUUCAUUUAAAAUUAAUGUAUUUUUCGUGUAUAAGGGAAUAUGUGUAAUUGUAGAUUGCUUUAUUUAAAAUGACUUUCUAUUGAAAUAAAUAUAGUUGAGGAGUCAAGCAUGUUAAGAUGAAAUGUACCUUGUUGAAAGUAGAUUUGAAAUGUUACGAUAUGUUUCCUCAUUAAAACGAAUACAGUAAGGGAAUAUAGCACAUAUGUGACUUACUGCAAUGAUAAAAUACCAUAUAAUCCCUUUGAAAGAAGAGACAAUUAUUUUAGCAGUUGCUUCUACCACUACAAUUGAUAAUUAAUUUUAACUUUUUAGCAAGCUUUUGUAAAUAAUAGGUUAAUUGUACAAUAAUUUACUUCUGUAUAUAUAUAAUUAUUGCAUCUUUAUUUUACUGAAUAUUUAAACGCUGUAUUAUUUUACUUAGCUUAAUACUACCUGAACAGGUACCAACGAGCAAUAUUUCGUUCUGCACAGACAUUUGGUUAAAUGUAGAUUAAAUAUGCUGUAAAUACCGGAACACAUGGAAGAUAGGAGUUGAUUUUGAAUGUCAAAUGUAUGCAACUUUCUUUUAUUAAUUCCCCAUUUAAAUAAUAUAUAUGAAUGCAUAUACCGCGUUUAUUGUAGAAAAGCUAGUCACUUUAAAAGGGAGACACAGGCAAAAUUUUCAUUUCUUCGUUUUGAUGUUUUCAUUCAUUAGUCUGUAAAUGUAACAGUGAACUCUCGAAACGUUUAUAAAUAUGUCUAAUGAAUGACUUAGACUUGUUUCAAUUAUAUAGUAUCCACAAUACCUGUUAUUGUUUUGAUUAAUAUAUCUAGUCUGAUAUAUUUACGCUUCUAACCCAAAAUAUAAAGAAUAAAUACAGAAAUUCAUGUUGGGACUUAAAAAAACAUUUAAGCGUGAUUUGAGAACAUGAAAUCACUUUAAUAAUUUAAUCAUUUGUUUGUCUGAGUAUCCCUUUAAUAGGCCGGUAUGAUAAUAUUUUGUUGUAUAUAAAUUUCAAAUCCUGUAUUGUUCUGAUAAUAUCGUGUAUAUUUUAUAAACUAAAUAAAUGGUUAU